AUGGAAGUGGUCGACGAGGAAGCCACCGGGCCAAGCACAGCCUACCCACAAGAAGAAGACCUACAGACGAUGGCGGACUACCACAGCAAGGCUUCCUUCGGCCGCUUCGAGUCGUUCACGGAGGAGGGCGACGAAGACUUCGAAUCUUACGUGGAACGCUUUGAACACUACAUCCGGGCCACCCAGGUUAGCGACGACUUGAAGGUAUCCGCUUUUGUGACUGCCAUUGGAAAACAGGCCUACCCCACGUUGAAGAAUUUGUUGGCCCCAGUGAAGCCCGAAGCCAAAACCUACGACGAACUCGUCAGGGCUCUAAAAGGACACUAUUCACCGAAGCCCUUGGUGAUAGCAGAAAGAUUCCGGUUCAACCGUCGGUCGCAGCAAGAAAACGAACCAGUUGCUAUAUUUGCAUUGGAACUAAAAAGGUUGGCUGCAUCCUGUGAGUUUGGCCAAUUCCUGGAUGACGCUUUGCGGGAUCGGUUCGUGGCCGGACUGAGAAACGAAGCAACACAAGCCGAGCUUCUCAAGAAGAGUACCCUGACGUUCCAAGCUGCUUAUGACCUUGCCAAAAGUGGAGAACUCGCUCGCACCGAAACAAGGAAGAUUCACCCUAAAGACCUUGGCGAGGUGAACCUGGUCCAGCAACCCCAACAAAGAAAACCAGAGGCCACCGCAUGGAGAAGGGCAGCGACAAAGAACACGGAGCGGCAAGCCGGAUCAACGGAGUGUUUCCGUUGCGGAUCGGCGCAUGCCACCGCAACCUGCCCCUUUCGCAAAUAUCGAUGCCGUGCCUGCAAAAAGGUGGGACACCUCGCAAGGGUCUGCAGGACGACGCCCCGUUCGAUACCGGAGGACGUCAUCCCGAAACUGGAAGAAUGGCUGACGAAGUACCAGUACUUGGAAAAAAAGCGUGCUGCCGGCGGUGCAGGCGGAUCCCUGGUGGCGGUGAAGCCGGCCUCCGAUGCUCCGCUGUCAUUCGAGCAGCCACUUUCUCCGGAGCUUAGAGCGGGUCAGUCACCAGAACCUUCAGAAGGCAAGGCGGACAAAGAGGUGGCCUUGACGUCACCGGCGGCAACUCCUAUCGGUGAAGCACACGCUUUCGACCAGCCGCUGCGUCAAAAGGUUCUCGAAAAGUCGCAGGCCAAGGAGACAGCGCUGCUGGAAAUCGAGCCACACCUGGAGGACAGCUUACCACUAGAAAAGAAGCCAGGUGUUCGAAUCACGGAAUCUCCUCAAGUGCCGUCACCCGAGGAGCUUAGGAUCUCGCGGUCGGCGCAGAAAGCCGAGAUUCCACCUGGGCCAUCCGCCAACGCCGGCGCAGUGCUUCUCCCCCCGAGAGUCGACAGCGGCAGUCCCCACGUGAGCAUCAUGCGAACAAUGUUGGACAAGGAACAGGCGCUCAAGAAUCCGCUUGUGUGCAACUACCGCUGUAACUUUGCUCUCCGUGUGGGGCUGCCUCCGGACGGAUUGUGCGACUUAUUCCUUUACCAGCUCGAGAGCGAGGAAACAUUCAUGGACUUUAACAAGUCACUGUGCUUCCGUUACUAUUUGCAACCGCCAGCAAUGAAGAACGGUGUCACGCAAUACGGAUUGGCCAUCUUCGCGAAGCAAGCACGAAAGAGCGCGCGCGAACUAACCACCGCCAAGGGAAUCGUGGAGUUCCUACGCCUGUGGGCGAUGGGCCUUCACCACUUCGGCCUCAGCUUUGUCACGGGGUCAGCCAAAAAGUUGGUGGAAUUUGACUUCGGUCUGCUUGGCAAGCUCAGGAGCCUUCAGGACAUGAUUGACCAUUUGACGGGCAAGCUUCACAAGCGGCGCUAUUUGGUUCUCGGAGUCCAGGCCUGGUACUCAAACUUCGAGGCCCAGAAGGAGCUGCUAGCACAGGCCAUCCACAACAUCUCCAUAACGCAACCGAUCGACAUGCUCGUACUGUACACUCACAUUCUCGACAAGUUGCCACCGUCCCUCCCCAAUUGCACCAUCGCGGGACCAGCCAUAUUCGAAAACAGCGUGCCAUUGCCCCUGCCUAGUAUGCUGACGACGCUGGAGUUGAUGCAGCUCGCAGACAUACCAGAGACUGUAAGCGUGCUCUUCUCGCUCCAAGUGGGCGUGUCCGAGUUCCAGAUGGGAGGCAAGGCCAGCAGUAAAACGGCGAACUACGGUGAUGCCUGUUGGAUGCGAGACAUCAAGCCGUUUGAAAAGAUCAACCAAGUGUUCGGGCGCGCCGAGCGGACAAACUUUGGCUGGUCCCUGCACCGCAUCGAAAUGGAUUACCUAGGCUUCGGAGACUGCACUCUUCCUGACGGCACCCCUACGCCUUUGAUUGUCUCCCACGUCAGCAGCGCCAUGGCCAAGCAUAGGCGCAUCCAGUGGGACUGA